AUGAGGGCUUUGAACAACGGAGUGAGCGACAAGUAUGAUUGGGAUAAAGAGAUCAUUGUUGUUACCGGUGGUUCCGGGGGCAUUGGAGCUGCAACCGUGCAGAACCUUGCGGCCAGAGGAUCGAAAGUGAUAGUCAUCGAUGUGCUAGGACUUACCUUUACCAAGCCUUCGAAUGUGUACUACUAUAAGUGUGAUUUGAGCAACUACGAAGCGGUCUUAGCGGUCGCGGCCAAGAUUUCGAAAGAGGUUGGAGAUCCUACAUGCGUAGUCGCCUGUGCCGGAAUAUGUCGGGGAAAGCCAAUCCUGGAAGCAAGCAAACGCGACAUUGAACUGACUUUCGGAGUGAACAACCUCGGAGUCAUAUGGACCGCGAAGGCCUUCCUUCCAAAAAUGGUGCAAGCGAACCACGGCCAUUUCCUUAUCAUCGCAUCCCAAACCGGUCAUCUGGCGACUGCAGGUGUCACAGACUACGCUGCCACCAAAGCGGCCGCGAUCGCGAUCUAUGAAGGACUUCAGACGGAGAUGAAGCACAACUACAAGGCGCCAGCUGUCCGGCUCUCUUGUCUCUGUCCCUCAGCUGUCAAAACGAAGAUGUUCACCGGGAUCAAGGGCCCCUCGAAUUUCUUCAUGCCGUUCCUCAAGCCUGAAGACCUCGGUGACUGUAUAGCAAAUAUGCUGUGGAGUGGAAAGGCGCAGAAUCUUUCUAUCCCCGCAUUUGCAUACAUCUCCCCGCCGACGAGGGCUCUUCCGGAUUGGAUGAGAGUUGGGAUGCAAGAUGGAGGUGCCGAUGUUAUGACGGAGUUGAAACCACAUAGACCGCUAAAUUAG